AUGGCAGCAGUUAUAUUUUUUGUCAGAGGUGUGCGUCUUCUUCAGGCUGUUUUGCGGAUACUGUUGCAGUGAAGCAGAAGGGAGUUUCCGGUGACUUAUGCCUUCCCAGUUGGAAACGUGUCGUGGUGUGCAUUUUAUGACGUGUUUUGUGAAAGAGUGCGCGCAUUAGGGGGAGUGUUGUUCUGAUGAAACUGAAAGAACGCUGUCGUUCCACUAGACGCCAUAUGGGACGCAUAUGCGGCGGGGAAAGACAGAGAUAGAGCCACUGUCGCCGUGACUCGAACGGUGCGCACAUUCCUAUACGAAGGUCUCCGCGGGGCCAACGCUGAGUUCGGGAAGGCAGAAAACGACACUCAAAUGGUACUGCCAUUCAACCAAACCCAGAAAGUCCUUUCAAAGGCGGCAGAUCUAGUCGAUAAUUUUGCAGGAUGUCCCGGAUCCCAGGGUGUUGCUGUAUGCGUGCCUGCUUUAGUGAUGUUAACAAAAGACGUUGGAUCUGCGCUGUUGUUCAUUCCUGCAAUGUGGAGGGAAGCGUGGCAUUUCAAAUGUGAUGUGGUGAUGCCAGAAGCAGUCGUAAUCGUUUAUUUGGAAAGUGCAAGUGGAUGCUGCGGGCAUACUUCAGGUUACCGAUUCAGAACGCCAAGGCAUCGCUGUCGACUGACUUCUUCCCUGGGACACGAGCUACCUGCCAGGUCGGCCUAUGAGAAAAUGAAGAGAUUCGGAUGUUAUUUGCUGAUACUGAUUGUGCUGCAAGGUGUAGUUGCACCACCAGUGGACAAGAAGAAAAAGAAAGAAGAUGACGAUCAUAAAGAAGAUGUGCCAGCUGACUUUGGCCUUGAGUAUGAUCGCUACCUGCAAGAGGUAGUACGAACGCUGGAAGAGGACAAAGACUUUGCCGAGAAACUCCGAAACGUUAAUGUCGACAAAAUAAAGAGCGGGGACGUCGCCCACGAACUGCAAUUUGUGAAGCACAACGUCCGCAGCAAGUUGGACGAGCUCAAGCGGUGGGAGCUGGAGAGGCUGCGGAAAGCGACGCGUGAAGCCAUGGAGAAACAAGAGCUGGGACUGGAUAGGGAAGCUGUGAGGGUUCCUAAUCACGUAGACUACCGAAAUCCGCACACGUUUGAGAUUGACGAUCUCAAGAAGCUCAUCAUCCAGGCAACGAAAGACCUGGAGAAGCUGGAUGAAAAGCGGAACGAGGAAUUCAAGACCUACGAAAUGGAAAAGGAGUUACAGUACAGGGAACACUUGAAAAACCUGACAGAAGAAGAGAGGCAGAAAGAACAGAAGCACCACGAGGAGAUGAUCAAGAAGCACAAGGAGCACCCCAAGAUACAUGAACCGGGAAGCAAGCAACAGCUGGAACAAGUAUGGGAAGAACAAGACCACAUGGCAAAGGAGGACUUCAAUCCUCAUACUUUCUUUGCCAUGCAUGAUUUGAACGGAGAUGGCCUCUUGGAUGAACAGGAAGUUGCUGCAGUUGUUACCAAUGAGGUAAAGAAAAUGUACGAUCCAAACAAUGAGGAAGAUGAUCCAGUGGAGAUGCAGGAAGAGAUCACUCGGAUGAGGCAACACGUCAUGCAGGUGGGGGAUAAGAACAAGGACGGCUUUAUCAGUAAGCAGGAGUUCCUGGACAUGACUCAGAGCCGAGAGUUUGAAAAGGAUGACGGGUGGCAGGGACUGGAUGAACGUCCUGCCUUCUCCGACGAAGAAUUCCGUGAAUACGAGCGACAGCGUCUUGCUGAGAUGCACCAGAUGCAGCAGCAGUAUGGACAGCAGUAUGGUGCUCCUGUACCUCCUGGCUACCAUCCCCAACAAGGUGUACAAUAUCAAGGGGUACCACCGCAGCAAGGAAUGCACCCACAGCAGGGAAUGCACCCACAGCAGGGAAUGCACCCACAGCAGGGAAUGCACCCUCAACAGGGAAUGCACCCUCAACAGGGAAUGCACCCUCAACAGGGAAUGCACCCUCAACAGGGAAUGCACCCACAACAGGGAAUGUACCCCCCUCAGCAGGGAAUGUACCCCCCUCAGCAAGGCGGGCAUCCUCAACAAGGCGUGCACCCACAACAAGGUGUGGCUUAUCAGGGUGUCCCUCAGCAUCAGCAGCAGCCACAGUUCCAGCAACAUCAAGGGGUGCAACCUCAAGGUCAACAACAGCACCAGGGUGUUCCACCUCAAGGUCAACCACAGUACCAACAGCACCAAGGUGUACCCUCUCAGGGGCAGCAGCAGUAUCACCAACAACCUCAGGCUCCACAAGGAGUGCCUCAGGGUGUACAGCAUCAGGGAGCCCAGAGUAGUCAGCAAGGGGUACCACCUGCCCAGGCCGUACCACAAGCUGUUCCCCAUCAGGGAGCCUCACAAGGAAGUGCUCAAGUGAGCCAUCAGCCUCAGGGUUCUGCACAGUCUAGUGCAGCACCAGUGCAGCCACAGCAGCAGCAACAGGAUCAGAAUCUGAAUGCACAUCCUCCAGUUCCACAGGCAGGAAGUAAUGCAGUCCAUAAUGCUCAGCCAUCUGGUCAGCACCACUGAACAAAACUUGACAAAGGGACAUUGAAGUGAAAAUCUUUAUUAAUUGUUGACUGUUGCAUGAACAUAAUUUUUUAAAAAAAGUUGUUGCAUAUUUAUGAAUGAUUGGCUCCGAGGGUUGGUGGUGCAUUUUGCCCAACAUGUAAUAUUUACCAGACCGGCAGUGCAAGCCAGCAUCACUGAAUUGUCACUUUUAUUCUUCCUACUGCAGAUGACAUUCAUGUUCAUUCCACUAAUUCCUUUAGUGUUAGCACAUUGCUGAGCAUUGUCAGCACAACUGGGUUCUCAUUGUCCUGUGAUUCUCAUGUUUCAGUUUGUAGUAGGAAGUAAAUUCAGAUGUUUGGUCUAAAAUAUAUUCUUUGGGAUGAUCAUGGCACAUAUUGUGUGUAUACACUAUGUUUUUUUUCACAAGCUCAUGCUACAGGACAGACUCAAUUGGAACUCAAUGUUUCGCUGUAGGUCUCAGCACAACAUCAGUUUCAUUUAAUCAACGAGGCAGUGUUCAUGAACAAGUAUGGACUCAGUUGCAAAAAACUUCCUAGUUGAGCCAAGAGUAGGGGAGUGCUAAAGUAUUGUCAAGGCCAACAUGUAUUUAUGAUCAAGAACAAACCACAAAAUUAAUUUGAUCAUUAUCUGAACUUUGUACAUUGUAAGUGUACUUUUACAACCAGGUUAGCAACAAUGUUCUUCCACACUGACUGUCUCCCAGGUACAAAGAAAAAUCUGAGAUUGGACAGAUAGAGCUAAUAAAAUAAUUACUUGAUCCUAA